AAGUUUUCUCGCACGUUUUGUGGAAAGAAUCUUUUUUAGUGAUCUUCGUCUUCCAGACUUCAAGUGGACACAGGUUCGUCCCCCAUAUCCUGAGACUAGUGCCCUGUUCAUAGCAAAUCACCUCCGGUGUGGCGGCGCUGCUCAGCUGAGCAGCGUUGGACGCUGACCAUGUCCUGAACUCAGCGACUGCACUAACGUGCAGAGUUUGUUUCAUAGUACCUGUGCCUGUGAGUGUGGGAGAUUUCGUUUCCUGAUUGGUGUCGUGGACCACCAUGGCCUACAAUCCCAACCCUGGCGAUGUGUUCAGGAUUAAAAGGACCACCGACCCACCCAGAGGGCAGAACUAUUUAGGUGUGCGCCAGGGAGAAAUGGUUGUGUUCAAGAAGUACACAGCCAGGUCGGAGCAGGGACAGAAACUCGGCCUUGGACCAGGUUGGUGGAAGGUGAAUGUGCAAGGAGUGCGCUCGAAAGCUGGUAAUCGUUUCGUGGCAGCGAAUAAUUGUGAGCUUGUGCAGCGUUCGGUGCCUGGGAGUGGGAGCAACCCGACUGCCUCGAUGAGCCCAGAUGGAAGCCAUGAGGGUGCGUUGUCUGGAAGCUUUGAUGGUGGUGCUGCGAAUGCUGGAGGUACUGCUGGAGCGAGUGGAAGAGGAUUUCAGGAAUCGGGUGAUUACCCUGGAGCCGGUUCGCAGCCCCGUGACUCAUCCGCUGCUACUGCUGCUGGCGGUGCAGGUGAUCGUGAUCAGGCUGAGUCGCGCGCACGUGACAUGCACACCACGCACCCAGCCCCAGGUCCGUCUGCAGGUGGUUUGGGUCAACCCACUCCUGCCCGGCUUCUGGUUCGUGCAGCGCGUGACAUCGAAGGUGACCCAGCCAAUAGUAUCUUAGGUGCAAAGGAAGGCGAUGAAAUGCAUAUCAUCUCGGAAGCGACAACUGACGGAUGGUUUGAGAUGGAGCGGUUAGCCGACCACAUUGUGGGCUGGUGUCAUACUGAUGAUGUAAAGGUUGUUCAAGCUGGAACUGGUUUUAAUCCCAGUAGCCUGGAUGGUCACUCCGCAACGCCAGGGGCAGGCAAUGAUCGCAUGGGUCAAAUUCCCGAGGGUGCACAAGGCGGUACCGGUUGGCAGAUGCUGCAGGGAUCAGAUGGUAAUGUGACACCUCGAUCCCAGGCAGAUGAAGUCUGGCGACAAGACGUAGUGACUGCACAGCCAUUGCCAAGGCAACGCGCUAUGUCCGACAGCAGCUGGCAGCAGCUGGACGCCCCUACCACUGGCCCGGCAACGCAGCAGACGCACCCUUCUGCAAAUAGUGAGGAAAUGAGGAGCGGAGCGUCACAGCAACGUGGUAUCUCUGCUGGCCCUCAUGGCCACCGCCACCCUGACUCUCGACUAGCAGCCGGCACGACAAGGCCAAGUCAAGACUCUGGACGGCGUGCAGCAGCAGCCGUGGCUGACAACCAGCUAGGUAACCGCGGCGUCACGCAUGUUCCUACCACAGCACAUGCCGUGCAAGGUGCAACCAUGCACGCACAAGACGUACAAUUGCAACAGCAGCAACGACAGCAGCGACAGCAGCAACAGCAGCAGCAACACAUACAGUUGCACUCGCAACAGCAGCAGAGACGAGAUCACCAGCCACAGGAGCAGCACCAGCAUCCGCCUCCACCACGACAUUCACAACAGCAACAGCCACAGACUGGCGUUCACCCGGAUUCUGGUCAACAACGAGGUCAAGGUCAGCAAUCUGCUCUGUUGAAAGUUCUUGCUGAUUACACAAGUACGGUGGGUGGAGAUAUUUCUGCUCAGGCUGGUGAUGAAUGCUAUGCCCGAACUGCCCCGGACAGUAAUGGAUAUAUUCAAAUCAAGUUGCUCAAGACAGGCAAUGUUGGCUGGAUUCCAGCAACAUACGUGGAAGAGAGUGCGAGCCAGGAACGAGGGAAUCAAACAGCAGGCCAAAGUGCAGGUCGCCAUGAUAGGAUCCCUGAGGCACAGCAAGCAUCGAAUUCUGGUGGGUUACAUCCUGGUGGGGUAAAUCCUGGUGGGGUAAAUCCUGCCGCCGUUCCAUCGUCUACUGUGUCUACGUCCAGAAGGAGAGCCCGAGUUGGUCAAACUGCUUCGGCUGAUCAUCUAAACACGCAUCCACACCUUCAGCCGAAAGUGGGUGCUUUCCGUGACGAAAACGUCACUGUCAUUGGCGAGUCCAGGGAAGGGUUCUGCUACAUCAAGCUACAAAGGGACGGCAGCGCCGGUUACUUUCCGGAGAAAUACCUCAUCAUCCAGUCACAGCUUCCGCGGACACCCACUACUCCUAGUGAUGCAGGCAGUGGUGCAGGCAGUGGUGCAGGUAGCGUUGCAGGCGGUGGUGUAGGCGGUGGUGCAGGCAGUGGUGCAGGCAGUAGUGCAGGCAGUGCUGCUCGUGGUCAUGGAUACGAUACUAGAUCACGCACACAGCAGCCAGAGCAGCAGCAGCACCGAAACCAACAGCAAGGUGCUACGGAGCAUGUCCGUGAAUUUGCCUGGGCAAACGCCAACGUGUAUCCCGACUCAUCCGUCAGGGAUCCAGUGGAGUUGUAUGCAGGUCAGAAGGUCGGGAUUAUCCGAGGUCCGACUAACAACUGGUAUCGUGUGCGUGUUGAGGAGACAGGUGAAAUUGGCCAUGUGUACUCUGACUACAUCACAUUUACGGAACCGCAGAAGCCUUCACCGAGGCAUGGAGGAACAGUGGAGGUGAAUCCAGAUGUGAAGCAGGCCAGGCUCCUCAGAGACGUGGCAUUCUUCGAAGACUACUUGAAGCCAUUCGCUCGACAAGGAGAAAUUCUCAUGUUGAUCGGAGACUGUCACGACCACUUGUACAAGGUGAUGAAUGAAAGCGGUGCAGAAACAAAGGUUUUUGCCAAUGCUUUGAAAAUACUGCAGCCUGCUCAGCUCCAACGCGUAUUGGAUGGACAACAACUCGCUCAGCCGAGAACUGAUCAAGUCCAAUUUCCAGUCCAGUGCCGCAUUAUUGAUAAUGUGUAUAGCGAUGAUGCACACGCAGGUUAUCUCAAUGCGUAUCGUGGAGAUAUGGUGACUGUCACGGGUCCUGCCGGAUAUGGUGUCUAUCGUGCACAGUCCGCAUAUGGUGAAAUUGGUACUGUACCUGCGUCCGCUGUUGACCUGCCGUAUGCGUCUCGUCAAACACAAGAUCGCGGGCAAUCUGUGGAUUUCAGUCAAGGACGUGAGGGUACCAAUGCCUUACUGAAUUUCUUUGGAAUCCGAGGAGGUUCGAGCCGCAGCAGUGCCAUCUGCAGCAAAUACAACGCUCUACUGCAGAAUUUCUACCAGAAUGGAGACGUGUGUGUGCUGGAUGUGCACAACGUCUUCAAGGCUCACAACCUGCAAGAGGCCGCCGACAUUCGUCAAAUCUGCACGAUGAGUAGCAUGUUCAUUAAGCAAACCGACGACCUUCACCAGUGCUUCAAGCUCGUCACGAUCAUCCUGAUGGAGAUCGGCCAGCGCGCAACUGUUCACGGUGUCCUAGCCUCUCAGGAGUACAAGUCCUUUGUGGAACAGUGUGACGAAGUGUCCAAAGGCCUUCAGGAAGGUUUUGACCGUGACAUCUUGGGACCAGCAGCUGGGGACUUGACAGCGUGUGGACGUGACUUUCAACAGUGCUUCGGCCAACGCCGCGACCUGAUCUCACGGGUCAUCACCAGCCUGAUGGGUCACUGCCGGGAGACGAACGUCUAUCUCAUUGUCUCGCUGAUUGCUUUGGACUUCUGGAUGGGCUCCGUGUUUGACUGGAGACUGGAAGGAAGGUGGCUGCGCUACAUGGAGGCGUUGGUCUGGAAAUCAACGGGGGUGCCCGGCAAUGCCUUCCUCUCCGUUCUUGCCGCAAAGGAACUCGACCACUUCUUCUCCAUUCCGUUAGACGCAGAAGCCCUGCUGGCGUGUGUUGGACAGUUGUACAACUCUCACAACAUGGACGAGAGCACCGCCGUUCUCAUCUGGACCAAACUGGUGGUUCUCAAGCUGCACGAGUCGAGAGAGAACGUGAAGGCGUUUCUUCAUCACAUCAGUCGCCACAGCACAGCCAGGCGCAAAGUACUGCCCUUCGUUCUUGCCCACGCAUCCACCAGCAUUGGUCCUGAGAUCGCCCUGGAAUUCUUCAACGCCAUGCAACUCGGUCUUGAUUUCGACAUGGCGGCAAGAGCGGCCAACCAGGCUGUUACGAAUCUGAGCCAGGCUGAUAACAUCGACGGUUUUCUGACCAUCAACAAAGGCUUAGUUGACUACUGCUUCCAGAAUGGUGUGAAGCCAACAGUUGAUCAGCUGCUGAGGACGAUCACUUCGAGCACAGCCAAUCGCAGUGCACUGAGCGCUGGUAUCAUUCUCUCGAUCACCUUCCUGAAAGGAGACGCUCGCCUGAAAGUGAACGAGUCUCGUCAGGAAUACAAGAGACGCUUGCAGGUAAUGGACUUGCUGAAUGCAGUAGCGAAACAGUCGAAGAACACACUGAUCAAGGAGUACCCAGAGGUCAUUCUCAACCUGCAUGCCAAAUUUGGAAGUGACAUUCGGAACACAGUGGGAAUCAUCGAUUCAUCUCCUUUGCUGAGUCAGUUUGGAGGAUUUUCAACCGAUGUGCCAUCUUCAGCAGCCAGCGUCCUCGCCAAUAUGAGAUUCUCAGAGAAAUAUUCUGUGAAGGAAUUCCUCCAGGAGGCAGUGGAUGUGCUUAACCUGACAACCGACCGGCGUAUACGCGUUUCACCGGACAGCGCCUCAACUCUCCUGUGGAUGGGUUACUGCUAUUCUGCCCGCAAUCACCUGGCUAGUCUUCUCCAGGAUGGAGUUUCCAUCGCUGCUGGAUACGCUGAGAUCGUCUCCAUGCCAAAGAAGGUCCGGCAGAGCCGCAGUGAGCCAGCUACCCUGGAAGCCAUCUUCUAUUCAACGGUGCUGGAUGUUCUGCAGGUUUACGGCCCUAUCUGGGCGGUCACUGGAGUGGACAGCAUCAUCCUGAAGUGCUCGCACGUCUACUCGCGACAAAGCCAGGCCACGUCUUGGGCAAGGAACCGAAUGUCCGGCUAUGUUAGCGCUGUCUCAGAGCUUGACCGUCUUCAGAUUAGCAUGAUAGACCGCAGCUACACCAAAGCAGAGUACAAUCGUCUAUCGGAGUCACUUUCUGCCCUCAACACUAUGUUCGCUGCGUGCGGAUCAGAGCGCGUUCCGCGCCUGCCCAAUCCGGAUGACGUCAUCCAGCGCAUGAAGAAGAAUCAGAAACUGGCGGACUGGCUUCAUAGCCGAUCUGUUCCGAAUGCAGGUGAUGCUGCGCAUGACCUCGACGUACUCUCGACCAGCAGCACCGCAACACUCUGCGUCAUGGAGAAGCGUGUUGACGAAGUGUGGAAACGCUUUGGCGAACCGCUGCGUGACCAGGUGGCAAGCGACUGCCCCGAAUCGCUGGUGCACUUCAUCCUCUACUUCAGCAGCAACAGCAAGAUCUUCGAUGACAAGAGCCAUACAGAGUACGACAGCAGCUCUUCCAUGCAAGAUAGAGCCUGGGUCAGGCGUAUUCGCAAUGCAAUCAAGCAAGCCCACGGCACGUUCACAAACCUGCUGAACGGCAUAUCCGAGUAUCGCAUCAUCCGACGCAUCCUGGAGAACUUGCAAGACGUCAACUUGACGGAAGAGCUGGCCUUGAUCCAGGCGUACCCGCCAUACCAGCGCUUCCAACGGCACGGCAGCAGUGCCGGACACAUCACUGUGGCCGUUGCCAUCAUUGAGCACCUGCGCAAUGGACACGUCAACGACAUCAAGAAUGUGCUGAGCGACAUGGGGAUCGUAGACGACGGUGAUUCCGACAUGCUAUACCUGGAACGUCUUGGCACUUCCAUCUCCGACGAGAGCACGCUGGCAAGCUUUGCGCAGGAGUACGAGACACUGUAUCAGCUGUUUGACGGGCUACAAGCCGACCAUUUCAAGCUCUUCAAGGAAAUGGCGUCGGGCAACUGUGAUAAUAUCCGCAACUUCUUUGCGACUGACUACCACUCGGACGAUGGCCGACGAGAAUUCCAGGCGAAGGUAGACCACCUGAACAUGCGCAUGCAGCGUGACUCGUUCAACAACAAUCUAUUGUCGUCGCUGCUCGACACGCACAAGAUCAUGAGUCCAUUCUUCCCGCUGAGCCAGAAGAAACCGCUGAGGGCUAUUUUGCAGGCUGUGGCCAACAUCCGUGUCAACCUGCACAAUGUGAAGACCUGCAAUGAGCAGACGGAUUGCAUCAUCGAACUGUUCAAGAAGGCUAUUGCCAGUGCCACUGAGACCACCAUCGAUCAGCUCACCAAGCUCUCCUCUGGAGGCAAUCUAACGGUGGAGCUUGGCGCCAUGUCAUGCAGCUCCUCUGUUUUCUCCUUCUCGUAUCAGUACUCAAGCGAGAUGACUCAGCAGCCGGCCAACGGUGAACAGCAGCGUCACGGACACAGCGGUGUCAUGAAGGAGCGAGAAGUGAAGGAUUUCCGCAGCAACCUGCAGUACCUGCGCUCCAUGCAGGGAGAGAACGACAUCACGGCGCCGGGACAGAGCCAGACCAUCGGACGCAUGGCCAACGACUUUGCCGACGUGCUAGCCGUGGUGGACAAAGUCAUUGAGCUGCUUUUUCACCAUGAGGAGGAAGGUCACCCUGAGUACCAGAAUUGCUUGGUAACCUUUUCAUUGGACAAGGAGGGAUUGCAGAGGAAGGCUGCAGAGCUGCAGGAUCAACUAUCCGAUUGGUCGAAGAAGCUGGCGGAAGUGCGCAGACAAUGCCGCUUGCUCCGCCUGUUUACAAACAAGGACAUCGCCACCAUUCUUGCACUGUACACGCCUGAGACUGGGCGCCAAGCAGCACAACAACUUUGCACUGGACGGAGCAUGCGCGAGACUGCCAUCUUCAAAUUAGCCGACAUUAACUUGGAGCAAGACGCACCACGCGAGGACAUUGUCAAUAUAGCAGCUAAGCUGGUGAGCAACUAUGUCCGAUCUUUGUCAAACAUUGCACAGAUCAAGGAAGGCUGUGAUUUGGCUGACUGCAUCAGCAAGUCCAUGGAAGAGAGAAGCACCGACUACGACCGCAUUAUGCAAAUGUUCCGACGUCUCUUGGAGACGGAACUGGUACUCCGUGAGACCAGGCUACCCAGCCAGCAGGGCAAGCAGUAUAUCUGUGCUGCUGAGCGGACGGACGCCAGCAAAGGCAAUCUGAGCAACACUCUUAUGCUGCUCUGCACCAUCUUCCUGUACAAGCACAAGUGUCUGCCGUGCACUGGACAGGUCCUAUUUUGCUCGGAGCGCACAAGCAACAGCGAGCUGCAGGCUUUCUUCACUCGGAUUGCGGCGUUCCCGCAGCUGAUAUUCGCCAUGGUGGGAGUGGAGCUACUGGGCUACAAUGAACGUAGUCUACUGCUCGAGCAGCAGCAUCAGUUCGACACUGAUCCCACCUUCAACAGCGUGGUCUACUACAUCUGCCUGGAUCCGACUAUCUGCUCCUGGUGGCCUCAGUCGUACGUGACUAGUCUUCAGCUGGCCUCUCAGCCCAUUCGUGCGCUCUCCGACUGUCUGAAGUCUCUGCUCGGACACGGUCAAUCGCGGCCAGAGCUGACUGCUGUGGUAGGGAGGUCAGGCAGUGGCAAAUCGCACUACAUUGUCACCCAGCUUCGGAGCGACCCUGGCGCUAUGGCUGCCACUGUGGCUGUUUCUGGCUCAGGAGACACGUCCAAUGUGAUCAGAAAGCUGUCUGCACUGGACAAUAAAUCCGCAGUGUUCUUCAAUCUUUCGAGUCAUGUCGACAUGGACUAUAUCAAUCGUGUCUUCUUUGAACUGAUUGUAUGCGGCACACUGGGUGACCCAGAGUUCUCAGCACUGUUCACCCUACCGCAGACUUCCUCCUGGAAAUGGUUCGUGGAGAUACCUCACUGUGAGGACAAAGACGAUCCCAACGCAACCUGCGAAUCUCUGGCUAAGAGAGACUACCCUAUGAUCAGCCUGCUGUCUGAGUUCCACACUGUCACGGAAAUGAACAACCCCAUUCACAUCGGUCAGCAAGAGCGGCGCAUGGCUGCCAUACUGACAUGCUACUACCAAGGACGACUCGAUCCACCUGUGGGCCAAGCUGAUCAAGGCGACGAGAUGUGGCAGAUUGCCAAGGGAGAAGUGCUGGACGACAAUGAGUGCCGAGUUCAAUUGCAGCGUCUAUUCUCGGACAUGAAGUUGACCAACUCUACCAAGAUGCAUCAGAUGGCGUUCUUGCGCUACCUAUAUGAUCGGCUGGAGCUCUUUAACAGAGUUGUAUUCAUUUCCAGUGUGUCGUUCAUGUAUUGGAACUUGGCCACCAAAGCACUGCUGCACUUCAUGAGAGAAUCGCACUAUCUUGGCACACGUGGUCUUGAGUGCAUGUGGCAGAAGUGCAAGCAGUACUUCCUGAUUGCUGAUCCCACUGGUGGAAGCUUUGCUACCUUGGAGCCGCCUGAGCGUGCACAGCUCCCAGUGAGCAGUACAAUGCUGCUGCAGCGUGACGGAAAGGAGAAGGCACUGCUGGCAAUCGAACUGGAGUCGGAACCGGCUGGCUACCUGAGCUGGGCAUUUGGUCUAUCUAUGGACAGAAUCAAAUACCUACUCGAUCAGAAGCAGUUCGUCUUGACCAGAGACUUUAUGUACAAGCUACUGUUGAUCAAUGAGCGUAAGAAGGCUCGUCUUCCUCUGAUCAUAGAAGGAGAAACGGGAGUUGGAAAGACGUUUCUUCUUGAGAUGUACACCAAGUUCAUGAACUAUGAAGCGGCGUACAGCGCAGAGCGGGAGAGUGCACCGAGACCCAUCUCCCGUUGCUGUGGUUGGAUUUGUAAGCUCGUGCUCGGUGGCCUCUGGAAAACAAUGAAGAAGGAGUCACGUAUGUGGUUCGCUGGUAAUGAAAAUGAAACCUAUCCACAGCAGAAGCAUCUUGCUGCAGAACAAGAGGAGCGCCUGAAUCACGAAUUUUUUCACACCCCAGAACAGCUGGGCACCUUUUGGAGAGAGCUUUUGGAAGACCAUUUGGACGAUGAGACACGCAAAACUGCAAUCGAUGGCCUGUCCAAUCAAGUGGAGGUGUGGUUGAAGAGGUUUCCCAUCCUCAAGCCAGUCGCAACUGUGAAUGAGUUGCGUGGGAAGAGCAGCCUUUCAACCGUGGAAAGUGCAGAGCUACUAUCGUCCUAUGUCUCCAGUCCCAUUGAAAACCUCUUCUUCAAGCUUCUCAUCCAUCCAGGUAUCUCCAAACAGGCUCUGGUGGCGUUCAUGGAGGCGCCGAGGGUUCUAGCAGCGCGAUGUCCUGACCAAGAGGUUGUGGUGUUCUUUGAUGAGGUGAACACUUCCAGCUGUCUCGGUGUCUUCAAGGAGAUGCUCAUUGACAGAAUGCUAGAUGGCAAGCCCAUUGAAGACAACAUCUUCUUCAUCUCGGCUAUCAAUCCAAGCCUUGCCAAACCUGCCGCCCGGGCAGUUGCUUCAUCAACACCAGCACUGCCCUCUGCAGCUGGGCAACAGCCUGAUGCGAACGCAGAUCUCAUCGACGCAUUUCGCCAGGUGUACUUCGUCCAUGAUCUGCCGGAAGUCAUGAACCAGCUGAAGUGGGUCUAUGGCAGUUUGAGCACGGAGCAGGAGCUGAAGGAAUACAUUGCGGCUAAGAUCGACGUUCAAAAGAACCUCAUUGUGAAGACGGACAGUACUAUCGUCGAGUUCAGUCUGGACUUGAAGAAGGCAUUUGCGUCCAUUCUGCUCCGUGCCCACCAGUACUGUAUAUUGUUCCUUGGCAACAGUUCAGUCAGCCAGCGUGAUAUUCAGCGAGUGUUCCUUCUGAUUCCGUUCUUCUGGCACGUCGAAGAGAACUUGAUGAAAGAACGACAGAAGCAACAGAGCUAUGCUGCCAUCACGAAUGUCAAUACAGUGCUGAAGAAGAGCAUUUCCCUGGCUAUCGCUGUGGUCUACUACUUCCGGCUGCCACGCGAGCCAAUCAAUGACCGCAGCAGCAUAUCUCAUGGUGUCUGCCGUUCCGGUUUCCAGCACUAUCUGCACAGCGACCAAACAGGCAUAGCACAGGCACACAUGUACGAGCUCGCUGAUCUGCUUGCAGUGUGCCCUAAGUGCUCUGAUCCACAGUACGAGGGCGUGUACGCGUUGCGAGCGAACAUCGACGAGAUGAUCAAUGACUUUGUGACACGCGAGCACUUCAGCUUGCCGGAAGGCGUUGCCCUUACCGAAGCUCUGAAGGAGAACAUCUUCUGCACAGUGGCGUGCAUCCAGACGCGCAUCCCUCUUGGAAUAGUCGGUCAGCCAGGCUCGUCCAAGACGCUGAGUUUCCACAUUGUCAGAGACAACCUCCGCGGUGAGCACUCGGUUCGGCCUUUCUGUAAGCAGUUUGUGGCGAUUGACUCUUUCUUCUACCAAUGCUCGGAGCAGUCCACUUCAGAGCAGGUGGCCAGUGUAUUUGACAAUGCAAUCGAGAGACAGAACUUCUACAACCAGCAGGCGAGCCAGGAGCGGGAGAAUGUGCGCCGGAGCCAUGUGAAGUUCGUCAACAACGAACCUGUGGUGAAGGAAGUUGUCAGUGAAGCUGGAGCACAGCAGUCCAAGGUGUCCACCCACUGUGUAGUCUUCCUUGAUGAGGCUGGACUACCCACAGAGGAGAAGAGCAAGAUGGUGCUCAAAGUUCUUCACCCGUAUCUGGAUGACCGCAAAGUGGCCUUUGUUGCUCUGUCUAAUCACUGGUUUGAUGCAGCCAAUGCCAAUCGGAUGGUAACGCUGUAUCGCUCACAGGCCGACCUGAAGGACCUGGUGGCGCUGGCACUUGGCUGCAUCAAGCGAGGAGGCCCACAGGCUGGCGAGGCUAGCGCCAGUAAUGACGAGCAGCUGUACAUCACUGGCCUGUGCGAGGGAUAUCAGGACGUGACCCGAGACACAGCCUUCGCCAAGCUCUUCCAUCACCGAGACCUGAUCUACUUGCUUCGGCAUCACUACCGCAAUCAGCUCCUCCACAACAAAAGGCAGAUCCCGCGAAAUCCGAAUAUCUUGCUCGAAGCUCUGGAGGAGAACUUUGGUGGAAUGGUGAAUCCGGAUGACUUCUGUCGGCUGGCGGAUAUGUUCUUCAGCGCUGUUGCCAGGCAUGUGGAUAACUAUCCCACUAACAUCAGCGAUGGAAGGUUCAGUCUUCGCAACACUGUGAAGAUACUGAGAGAUAUCAACGUGGCCAAUCGGCAUGUUGACGAGCAGGAGUUCCUCAGAACCGGUCACCCGCUGGCCCCGCGCUUCCGCAUGAUCAUCGACCCAACGGAUGACUACACAGCGCUGGACAUCAUGCGGAAGAUGAACCUGGUGGAUAGCCACAAGACGCAUGUCAUACACAUGAGCAACCUGUCUGGGGAUGAAGAUGAGCUGCACAGUGCAGAGAUCCUGGCCAGAAUCCGCCGCUUCUUGGAAAUGGACUGCACCAUCGUGCUCGUUGAAACGCGUCGUGUUCAUGGCAGUCUGUACGAGCUGCUGAACCAGACGUUCCGAGUCAUUCACAACGAUGGUGGCCGGCACAUCUACGCUAACAUUGCCGUCGGUGCCACAACUUACCCGUGCCGUGUCAACCCGCACUUCCAAUGCGUGGUCAUACUCAAGCACACCGAAAUGGAAGACUCGCCCACGCCGUUCCUGAGUCGAUUUUCCAAGUUUGUGCUGCGACCAAUGGACGCCAUGCAGUACGCACUCAACAACGUGGAUCCCAGCGAACUUAGCACCAUUGCCGACAUCCGCGAUCGCUGCAAAGGGUUCAUGGAGCAAAUGGGGUCACGCAACUUCUACGGCUGCAACAUGGAGCUGACUCCGAACGCGCUAAUGAUCUCUCACUUGCACAGCACGGUCAACGAUCGAUUCACCUUUGUGCCUGUCACGUCAUGCACUGCGGAGGUACGCGAGCAGUUCAAGGCGUCGGUGGUCGACGACGCACAGCUCUCCGUGCGAUCUCUGUGUGCACGUCUUCUGCAGCUGUUACCUACGGAGCACUUUGUUCUUGGUCUGAAGACGCUGAACGACCCGGCCGCGUAUUUGACCAUCUAUUUCGACAUUUUGGAGCACUUCAGUUUGCAGCACAUCAUCUCGGUGAUCAACAAGCGCGCCCUGCAUCAAUCGCAUAGUAUGUCAGCGGUAGCCAGCGGGAUUGUCAGUGUCAACAAGUUCAUGAUCUAUACACGCUCAUCGCUGGCUGUAUCUCGACUGGCUGGCCAGCCGAGUGAGUACUUUGGCAAUGAAACGGCAACCAAGCUAGAGAUUGCAGAUACGAGUACGUUCCGAAAAUGCAGUGAGGCUGAGGUCUUCCUGGAGAAAUUUGUCAAGUCGCAGAAAACGUGUGCCAUUCUCUUGGUGGACACAUCAAACGGUGUUUCGUCAGCUAUGUCCAUAGCCCUAUUCAAGCAUCUCAUCAACGAAGCCGCGGUAUCCCUGCGCACGUCUGUAAAUGUGCCUGCGAAAAGCUUUGUCCUGCUGCUGCACUCUCCGCUGUACAUUCCCAGCUCCAAGCGGGCGUACCCGUGUCCUCUUCUAGACGGCUGGGACUGCUGUUUCAUGGACUUGCCGGGUGGUGUCAACGUGCCUCUGAUGAAUGUCAAAGCUCUGGCCAAGUCGUGUGCCCUGCAUGGCUUAGCUAGAUCGCCCGAGGGAAAUGAACAGCAUUCUGAUGAUGUUGAUGAAGCCAGAGAAUCUGAGCACCUAGCUGCCUCCUUGGAGCACGGGCUAAUGAACAUCAAGGAGGAGCUGUCUCGCGUCUUCUGUAGCCGAUUAGGCAAUAUCAACACUCCAGCAGACAUUGUGUCAUCAUUGGAACCACGUGACCUCAUUCCGCUUUACACACCAAGCGGAAGACUUUCUCCGGGCUCUGGCCUAACCGCAUCCAGCCUGUCUGAGCGGUCAAGAACAGUCACGUUCAUCCUGACCCAGUAUCCGUCCAUUCUCAAGCACAUUGGCCGACGUCUCUUCCAUCGAUUCACGCCUCAGCGCUCGUUCCAGCUUCUGGACAGACUGGCAAAGCAUGUUGCUCAGCGAAAGUCCUUCUUUAGCUUUGCCGAUCUGGUGGAGAUGCAUAUGCGACCGGAGCUGGAGAAUAUCUUCCAGAAGGUGAUGGUCACCCUGUGCAAGGAUUUCGGAUUGGCAACGCUGAUCCGCAGCCAGGUGCCAGAGGCGACGCUCGGGACACUGCUGGGUCUGAUCCCGCGCAUGACGGUGCAGGAUGAGCGGAGCUACAACCAGCACCUCUGCUCCAUCUCCUGCGCUGGUCGGGUGGUGGAAACGCCGCUGUUCGCUCAGUGGAAGCACCGUGUCGAGUCGUUCAUCAGGAACAUUGAUAUGGAAGAGCCGACGGCUUGUGAUCUGCUGCACAAACGUGUGAAGAACGAUGAGUGUCUGGGUCAGCUGAUUGAGUGUGAAGACCUGAUGGACAAAUACAUGACAGACCUGAUAGCCACUGUGUGCAACUGGACUGGUAGCAUGAAGGCUGUGAAAACCGCCAAGAUUUACUUGACACUGAAGUUCAAGGAGCACAAGGAGAGUGCGCCGGAGGACUGCGAUCGACUUUCGCACAUGCACUAUGUGCUGCACAUGGAUGAACGCUCGGACGUGCUGCUAGUUCUGCACGGUUCCGGAGCUCUUGAGCACCUUCUAGAACCCGGAGACUUUGAUGCCGAUCAGUAUGUCCUGAGUCAAAAGACUACAACUGACAGCUACUUGGACCAGUUUGCGGAGUGUCUGUUCCGGAAUUUGUGGAGCCACUUGACCAGCCUGAAGCAACGCCUGGGCACUGAUGAAUGGUGGAGCUACAUGACAAGGUGGCGGCAGAGCUAUCGAUUCAUUACCGAAUUCUUCAAGCCAACCGACACAGCACUGCUGUCCAAUGAACGAGAUGAACACGCUGGAGUCCAGGAAGACUUUUUCAAUGCGGUGCAGAGAGUAUACUCCACUCAAGCCCCCUUGCUACGCUUGAUGGUCGCGGCAGACAUCUUCUUUGGCUCGCACACGCUAUGCAAGACCGAUGAUGCAGUGCGGGCGCUUUUGGAGACCAUUUCGCGGCUCAAAUCAGAAGGUCUGACCACACCAUUGGACGUUGUCAAGCAAAUUGUCAGCACCCUAUCCGGCAAAUGUGAUGAAGCAGACCGAACUAGCCUGUAUCUGGAAUAUCUGAAGUGGAUAUUGCACUCUCUGCUGAAGUGUGAGAGUAGCAAAGUGCUAACUUACGUGCUUCAGGCAAUCAACCAGACAGCUGAGGAGAAGGUGAAGAUGACGUUUGAAACAGCCACACAGCUCUUCAUGAUGAUCACCACUCAGCAGAAACAGUUGGGUGCUCGGGAUGACGUACUGUGCAUCUUCCUAGAGGAUCAAGUCAGCAAGGAACUGCUCCGUGAUGCGGCGCCGAGAUGCCUUGAGCAGGAGUUCAGUGCCGGCAUCUACAUACCAGGCCUGUAUAUUCCGAAAGACUUUCCAGAAGCAGCAUUGCCCGCACGACCCGAGGUGAUCAAAGGCAUCCUUAGCAUGCAACUCGCCCAUGUGUUCUACUCAUUCAUGUGCCAGCAGCAGGAGAAGCGACACAUCGAGUUCAACGAUCGCGUGACCGAUGCUGAUCCAGCUGGCAGCACAAUAACAGCGCAGAACUUUAGUCCUGGUCUGAUGCUCCGCUUUGCUGCGUUCACACGGGUUGCGUUCAGUGCAGCAGCCACGAAAAUCGCUUCACUGGUGGAGGCACCGGGCGGGCCAGAGUCGGCUGACGAUGUUGAGGGUAAGGUAGCCGCGCUGAAACCUUUACUGAACAGCUUGUGUGGCAAGCAUGCGAAAUGCGAUGCCUGGCUUUCCUUCCUGGUGUCCCGUCUUCUGUCCACGCAUCCUGCGCAGACCUUGAUCCGACUUCUCAAAAUGUUCGACGGAGACUGGGUGGCGAAGUGUUUGCAGAUGGUUGGCGGCAGUGUCAGUUUCAGUCAGAAUACAUUUGUCUUCAUGCAAGUCAGCAGUGCGGCCAGGGAAGAUGACAAGCUGCCAGGCACGCAUGACAAGUACCAGGAAUUCUCUAGCAUGUUUGAAGCAAGCGUGGCAGCCGAUAACAACUUCAAAGCCAUCAAAGAGUGGUAUACGCAACACAGCAGGCCAAAUGCACCCAAGCUCAUCCCUAACAUGGAAUCCCGCCACUGCGCCUCCAUGUUCAUUUUCCUGAAGGUGUACCGUGAUUACUUCAUGGAAGAGGAAAUGGAUAGGGUGAGGACCUUGGGCCAAGCAUUGCCAUUGACUCCGUUGCUGCGUGACAGCCUUCGGUUGCUGUGCCGUGGAUGUACUGUUGCAGUUCCAGAUCUUAAAGCAAUAUUCAAGGCGGGCAAGUGCCCAACACCGGAGCUGCAGUACGCACGAGACAUCAUCGUCCACUGCUUGGCGUACAUCCUUGCUACUGGCCAGCCUGGCAAUCAUCUCACGACUUGUGUCUACACACCUCGUGAUUUCCACAAGACACUGCUGUUUGGUGCUGUCAAUUACCGUGGCUACAUUGAUCCGGAUCCGACUGGCGUUCGCAUUGACUGCUGCUGCCAGUUUGAUCACGAUGGUAAACCAACGUAUCUGGCUAGCUCCGCGCAAACAAUACCUGUUGCUCUAACUCCACUGGGUACGCAUCUCAACGCACUGCUGACAUUCACCGGCCUCUGUCUGCACGGCGUUACACAGAGUAACACUGCAGCGGACACACUGGAGGCUGUGCUGACGGAGAGUGACGUCCAGACCGAGUGUUCCAGGGCCGGCAGCUUUCUGCAGCAGGCGCUCCAGUUCUGUCUGAACCGCAUCGUGCAGCUUCACUAUCACCUGUACCACGAUGACAGUCGACUAAACCCGGACAGUGGCCUGGGCAUGGUGAUCUCGUCGCUGGAAAGACUGCUACAUCUUCAAAGCACGUCCAGUGCACAGCAGCUGAAGCCAUUCUACCCGGCCGAUGAGAGAACAGUAGGUCUGCGUCAGGAGUCCGAGGCGUUCUUCCAGAAGGAAGUCGUCGACCACACACUGCAUCUGAUAUGCGUGCGACUGCAGCGCGGUACAUCUGACGGCGAUCAGGUGGCCGCUUUCAGAAAGCUACACCGUCCUAGCCUGAGCAUGGCGGAUGUGCAAGGUGCUGUUGCGAGACUCAGCACAAGCCAGGACGCGGCUCAUCCCGUCCUGCACGGUCUGCUUGGCAAUCUGGAGGCGUUCCAGUCGCUGCGCUACGCCACGGACAUUGCCAACUUCUACAUGCUCCUCCAUCGCUAUCUAGCCUGUCAUGUCUCCGAGGCGGAAUCACAGAAAUUCAGUUUCUCGGAGGCUGUUGCCACGCUGAACCAGAACAGGCGGCAUCAAGACCGACUCCGCAAGUUCUUCAAGAAAGCACUCGAGAGCUUCAACAAAUUCCACAACAGAAUCGGUGGCACGCUGCAGCCUGGCGCUUGUAGCACGCGCGUAAGGUAUGAGGCUCUGGAUGACGACAACCCUAUUCACUACAUGAUCAGCACGCAGGCUGAAGAUGAAGGCGACAUUCUCUUCAGGGUGAUGCAGGAGAUUCUCCGCCACCAAGACCUGUUCUUGGUUAAGUGCCAGGAGGUGAAAGUCCAAGGCAGCAACGAGGCAUUGCGCUACAGUCUCCAAGCCGGCCAGUUUGAAGAUAAAAUCUCAAUGCUGCAGGUGGCCAGCUAUGGUGCCGGUCUUCUGCGCGUGUCCAGCGACGACAUGGAACAGACUUGCCUGAUGCAUAGUCAACUGGUGCAGGAUGCUGAUGGUGUGUGGCAGUCUAAGUUCAACCUGGCUGCUAUCGAGCAGUCGCUGGUGCAGCAGUAUGUCAACAGUGCGCGCAUCGUUGACCUAGCAAACUUCCGUGUUCAGUUCCGCUUCCGUGAAGAUCAGUCCGAGCAGAGCGUACUGUACUUGGAGCCACUGGCCGCAGACCUGCCAACAAGGAUCUUCCAUCAAGAGCUGGACCAUCAUAGCCGUGAUGCCAUCAGCCAGGAACUCAAGCGGCAGCACUAUCAAGAGUCGCUCAAGGUCCUGCAACACUUGGUGACAGUGUCCACUGAAGUCGUGAUGCUGAAGCCCACGUCGGAGUCGCGCGAAGGCGUGCAUGCAGAAAUGGAGAGAAUCGGGCAGAUGAGGCUGGACGACUUCCUUGAACAGCAGCAAAUGCCAGCGAUGAAGCAGUCACUCUCUGCCAUCUCGAAUCAAGACAGUGUGCGGAUGUGCCACAUUGUUGAUCUGUACACAGCUGUCAAAGAGCACCUUACGGGGCAUGAGUAUCUCUACAUGCGCAUUCCACACUUGCUCAAGGAGAAAAUGGAGAGUAGCCUUGAUGAGAAGGUAGAAAAGGCACUGGACGACUACUUCUACGAGCAGUUGGGCGAGCUAGCUCUGCUGAGCAUCAUUGAUAUUGCUGAUGAAGCUCUUAGUGUUCUUCAGGACUCUGUGCCCCAUGUGCAGAACUACCCGGGCAAUUCCCUGAAGGAAACACUGGAUGUGCUUGGUGUCCUGGAUGCGGGAGAUGUUCUCUCUCGGCUGCCGGACGAUGUUCGUGGACAGCACCUGAAGGAAGUGAUGGCAAAGCUGGUGAGGCACGGCUGCACGGCACGAGAGAAGCAAGUUGAGAGACGACAAGAACGCGCAGUGUGGCUGGAAUGGGACGGAGAAGUGCCCAAAGCUCCCGGGUGGCUCCAAGUCGAGGCUCAGGUUGACUACUCGUGGAAUGAAUUUGAUGAGCUGGAGGGUUUGAGCAUAUCCAGCCAAGAACAGGAAGGCAUGGAGUCCCCGUCACACGAUCAGUAUGAAGACUUUGACUCAUUGCCAGAGGCUAGGAAUUUCUUGGACAGACAAGGUGAUGAAGAACUCCCCCCGGGUGCUGGCAAUGCAAGAGAGGAUGAUGCUGCUGAUCCGAUAAUAGGUAUUGAUAGUAGUAGUGAUGAUGAUCAUGAGGAUGAAGGAUUUGUAAUGGUGAACAAUGAAUUAGAAGGGCCUCAUCCAGUUGAAAACACACAACAGCCGCUUGACCAGUAUCCAGAGAAUGUACACCCACAACAGCAGCCGCAGCGACGACCCCGACCUCCGUCAUUGAGAAAUGCCCCACCGGCGGGACGUCUGUCGUCUUCUGGUAGUGGUGAUGGAUUCCGUUCGGCCAGCUUAUCGCCGCGGACGCAAUCACCUCCACCGACCAUUGCACAGAGGCAGCCAUCACCGGCAUUGCAACAGCCACCACCUCGGCAGCCACCGACUGCACGUCAGUUGCCACAUAAUAUCGGUCAUGAAUCACAGGAGCAUGUUCCCGGCGGUGUACAGCAGCGGCAGCAGCCCAUGUGGCAAAGCAGCAUAGACGUGCUCUCACAAUCACAUGACAGUGCGCUGCCAGUCCAGCAACAGCAGCGUCAGCAUCAGCAGCAAUCUUCAGACAUGAUGUACGCAAGCUUUGCCGACAGCGGACAAGCAGCAUCCGCUGCCUCGCAGCGCCCAGUCCCCGUGCCACGAGCUAGGCAAAGAAAGUUACCUCCAGGACAAGUCACCAGCACUAGCGGUGCACCCAGUACAGAUGUUGGCAGCGGUGGCACUGCUGUUGUCUCUACUGCAAUUGAGCAAGACCACUCGAGGCAAACUGGGCAAGAUAGUCAAGUGGAGAGAUCAACAGUACGUCCUUACUCGCCGACGCACUCUACAUCGCCAGGACCUGCCCCGCAGUCGGAAGUAAGAAGAGCACCGUCAGUGCCCAGCGCAAGAAUGCCUGCCCUUGAAGAGAAUGUAGCAUUGCACCGUGAUGGUCUUGAUCCUACUGCAGAAGGCACCGGUGAAAGUAACACAAGCAGCAUUUACAUUCUGCCAAACUCUGAUGACGACGACUUUGAUGAGAGCAUUGUUGUGUUACAGCCAAGCAGGGGCAAUGUGAGUGACACACAAGAGCAGCUAGAACCACAGUCAACAGUAGUCAACCAGGAGCUGAGCAAGAAGCUGAACGUUCAGGCACUGGCCCAGUCUGACACGCCCCGACUCUCACUUUCAACACAAGAGCUACCGCUAACCAUGCCGUGUUCUGCCAUCACCAACGCCCCGCGUGGAAUCUCACGCCGCCAGCUGGUGCUCCGUGGUGACUCCACUUCGGAACAGGAGCCCGUCAAGUACGGCGGUGUUCGUGGCAAGGUUCUGCAGAAAGCCUGCAAGACGUUUGAGGUAGAAGAAAGCACGGUCCUGAUUGCCGACUGUAAUGGGUAUGUGCUGAAGGACACUGAGGAUCCUGCCAAGCACGUCACCACCAAUCUGUGUGUCUACUAUGUGGUCAAGGCGGAGAACACCAUCGAGGUCACCUUCCACCUGCAUGGAGCUGCUGCGGACAGCAGCGCACAGGUGCGCACCAUGCAAGCACAGUUUGAGAAUAUCGCUUCUCUAUCCCUGCUGUGCACGACCGCACUGCGUCUAUUCGGCUUCACCUCGCCCAUCCGUGCAAUUCUAUGUAGCAGUGACGGUGUCGUGUUUACUGACGAGUCACUUCAAGGUCUACUCCAGUCGCACAAGGAGACUGCACUCCACUUACACACUGGAAGUAGUCAGUUAGUAGCUGUUUUCUCCGAUGUGGUUGGUAUCAGCGCGCCACUAUCAAGUGUGCUCCACUCUGCAGUAGAGGAUUACCUUGCCAGCAGUCUGAUGGAUCGUGCCAACUCUGCUUUCUACCCACCUCUGUCUAGCUUGCCUGCAGACUGCACUGAAGCUCAGGUCAUGUUUGUCCUUGAUGCUGGUGCAAUGUGCGACACGACAGUGGUGUGCGGACAGCGUCAGGUCACUCUGGAGCUUGUGAAGUGUACACGUGUUGAGCUGCUUCAUCGAGAGCUGCACGACUGGUUUUCUGUGGGCGAUCCUCACAGUAUGCUGACCUGGACGCCUAGCGAUGGGAUUGAGCAGGUGGUACCCGAUAUGUCCAUCUUACACCAGUACACGACUACCCAGAGUAUCUCCCCUGCUAACCACGAGUGCCGCAUGUCACUGCUUGUUGCAACAGCGCCACCGCACAAUGUUGUCGUUGAUGUGAGUGUCUUUCAAAUGCUGAGGACAAGCAUAACCGUGGAUGUCCACCAACGCACGGUUAAAGAUCUGGUCAAGGAACUGUCUCGCCAGCUGAGACUGACUGCCGAAGUGGAAGCGUUGGCCUCUCUGAUUGACACGUCUACUAUGUGUGAGCUACUAGAGAGCUCCCUACUGGAACCCAGUCUCCCACUGCUGCCUCAGCCUGCACUUCACCUAGCCUUACAGACAAGACGGGACAUGUUUACUGUGACUAUCCGUGCACAGGAUCAUGAGCAACAAGCUGAUAGCAAGGCCCUGACAUUGGUAGCUGCGGACAGCAUCACUGCGCAGCAUCUGCUUGGUAAGGCGUCACAUUUGCUGGAACUCACACACUACUUCCAGCAAUCGAGACCUGUUGGAGUCGCUUCAGACAGUGGAAUAUGGCUUCCAGGUGCCAUGCCUCUUGCACGCCUGCCACGAGAGGAUGACGGGACUGUUGUAAGAAUUGGCGUGCUCGACUAUGCCGAUUGUUGUGUUGUUCGGCUGAAGUUCCCAAGUGAGCAGUUUGGUUUGUUUGCAGUGCCCAUGGCAGUGGCAACUGGUGAACUGUUGAAGCUAGCAGCUCAAAUUGCUUCUUCCGAAAGUUCCCUAUGUUCUCUGCUGGUGGAGCAGAAGAGCUUAAUAAACACCCAGACAACAGCAACAACUGCCAUGAGCAUGCUCGAGUUUUUAACGCAACUCAAGCAGGAUCACGACUUGCCUGGCGUUGAGACAUUGGGCACAUCGUCUCAUCCAUUGGAAUGCGAUGUGUCGCUAUCUGUGCCGCAAAAUGCUGCUGCGACUGGUAUGGCAAUGUCUGAUGGCCUGCAGCUAGCUAUGGCCGAUGCUAGUGUCGGACAGACAGAUGACACAAUCCCAGUGAGGAUAGCUCUGUUGCAUGACCCGGACACUGUACAGGAAGUGCAUGUGCCUGCGCAAACCUCCAUCUCUAAGUUCUACAGCAGUCUCUGCGAGAGCCUGGGUCUGAACCCAUCUGAGCAGCACUCACUUUACGCUCAGUCCCUGGAUUCCGAGCAACCGGAGCACAUUGAGAUAGAGAGCGAUGACGAUGGAGAUGACGGAGAGGGAAAUGAAGACACCAUGAUCAGCAGCCUGUUGACAAGUGGCUACACGUCUAAUUUCUACAUCGAAGCGCCAGCUCUUUCUAGUGUGCACCGCUUGCAACCUGCCGAGGCAUCUUUCAUUCGACUGCCCAGCAACACUCUGUCACUUUCUGAAGAGACAUUUGAAAUCAUCGCCCCGACUACUCUCGCGGCUGGCAGUACCACUAAUACGCUGAGUGUGAAAGUGCAGUUGCUUGGUGAUGCAGCUAGCAUUGUUCAGCUUCAAAUUUCUAUGACGGCCGUGUUCUCCGACCUGAUUGGAUUGGCAACGGAACAUCUGAGACCUGGUCAUACCUGCACUGCCCUGUCUGUGGACGGCGAAGACAUAGAGCUUGGCGAAGAGGAGCUGUCAUCGCCGCUGACCGACAUACUAGACGGCAGUCAACUUGUGGAGCUCACGUUCACAUCCUAACCUUCCGCAGGUUGCUGACCACACCGUCUGUUUGCCAUACCGCAGCGUCACAAUCACUUUCACCAGCUUGCACCUAGCCAGUGAGCUUGCAACAAUAUUCUUCCAAACAAGACUCCAGUAUGCUAUUUCAUGAAUUUGUUUUGAAAGCGGUCUCUGCAUGUUUUUCUUACUUUCAUGCUGCAUUUUGUUGACUUCACUCAUUCUGCCCAUGAUUCUUUAUUGAGAGACUCAACCUGAACUGCAGUGUGUUUUACUUUUCUUCGAUUCGACUGCGUUACACGUUUGCUGUGCUUUGGCAUUUGGACUUUCUGCGAUUGCAGCUCUGCAUGUGUGUCUUGCCUUGACUGGUGGACGAUCUUCUUACGCUGUGUUGUUCUGCAGUGUGCUGUGUACUCGAAGUAGCUUCCCAGUUUUUCUGCAUUGCAGUGUUCUGCCUUGUGUUGCCCUGCCUGGCAUUGUCUGGCCUUGCAUAGCCCUACGUUGGCAACAUAUUUCAAGUUUCAGCUGGCUUUCUUCUUUUAAUAUCAUUGUCUUGCCCCACUUAAAGCAGUGUGCUCUGUGGUCAAGUGCCAAUUUUUGACGUGCACAAUGUAUUCCAAUGCCUCGUUUGCUAGCUUUUUUGAAAUAUUUUUUAGAAGGACUUUUUCAAGAACUCUCCCUAGAGGACCCAAUGUACUGUUUGCCGCAGUUUCUCAUGCAUGGCUUGCCACCGCGGCUUUCUGUUCACUUUUUUUUGAUGCUGUUCACUUUUUCGCCAGUCGCGGUUGCCUGCUUUCCUUCGCUCAGCUUGCUUUUCCAAGUCUGCCUCGCCGCCGCAUUCAUAGUAUUGUAUGCCUGUUUGUGCCUUUGCCACACACUGCACAUGCACAUGUACGCUCAUGCAAGAUGAUGCAAGAUGUUUUUUUCCCUAUUCAAGUUCCAAAUUUAGAUCCUUGUAUUCAUUGAAUGAACUACUACUAGUAGGAGUUUUCCUUCUUUUUUUCCUUUUCGAAUCAUAUUUUUUAAACAAUCAUGAUUGACAUUUAAAAAGA